AUGUCGCAGUCCGUCGGUCACGAGGAGGCCGCGCUUCCUACGAGCCCUUUGACUGGAGGGGCCGUGGCCUAUAACCAGGCCAGCAAGGAAUUGCAGCCGCUGCCGUCCAUGAACUUGAGAAAUGGCGCCGUGAUCCCUCCUGCUUCUUCCCGAGUCCGAGGCAGCAGUGACAAGCUGUUCGCCCUCGAGCUCGAGGAUGGCACGGUCUACCAGGGUUACAGCUUUGGUGCCGAGAAGAGCGUGGCAGGUGAAUUGGUCUUCCAGACCGGUAUGGUUGGAUACCCGGAGUCCAUCACCGAUCCUUCCUACCGGGGUCAGAUUCUGGUCGUCACAUUCCCCCUUGUGGGUAACUAUGGCGUUCCCUCGAGGGAGACCAUGGACGAGCUGUUGAAGACGUUGCCCAAGUACUUUGAAUCGACUCAGAUCCACAUUGCCGCUCUGGUUGUUUCUACCUACGCGGGAGAGGACUACUCUCACUUCCUCGCCGAGUCGUCCUUGGGCUCGUGGCUGAAGGAGCAGGGUGUUCCUGCCAUGCACGGAGUUGACACUCGUGCCCUUACCAAGCGCAUCCGUCAGAAGGGUAGCAUGCUGGGUCGUAUGCUGCUGCAGAAGACCGGAUCGACUGACGGAGCUGUGGACUCGCUUCCCACCGAGAAGGAUACCUGGAGGUCAUUCUUCGAGCAGACUGAAUGGGUGGACCCCAACACGACGAACCUCGUGGAUGAAGUGUCCAUUCGGGAACCCCGUCUUUUCUCCCCUCCUGAGAAUGUUGCCCUGAAACACCCUUCGGGCCGCCCUGUCCGCGUUCUUUGCUUGGAUGUUGGCUUGAAGUUCAACCAACUCCGUUGCCUGCUGGCGCGUGGCGUUGAAGUCCUGGUCGUGCCUUGGGACUACGAUUUCCCUACCCUUGCGGGCAAGGACUACGACGGUCUCUUUGUCUCCAACGGUCCCGGUGACCCCGCUACUCUCUCUACCACCGUUCAGAACCUGUCCAAGACCAUCGCCGAAGGCCGCACUCCCGUUUUCGGAAUUUGCUUGGGUCACCAGCUCAUCUCGCGUGCCGUCGGUGCCCAGACCAUGAAGAUGAAGUUCGGUAACCGUGGCCACAACAUUCCUUGCACUAGCAUGGUGUCUGGAAAGUGUCACAUCACCUCUCAGAACCACGGUUAUGCCGUCGAUGCUUCGUCCCUGCCCGAGGGCUGGGAGGAGCUUUUCGUGAACGCCAACGAUGGCAGUAACGAGGGUAUCAGACAUACCAGCCGACCCUUCUUCAGUGUUCAAUUCCACCCCGAGAGCACUCCCGGUCCCAGGGAUACCGAGUAUCUCUUUGAUGUGUUCAUCAACACCAUCCAGGACACUAUUGCCUCUCCCGACGCCCUUACCAAGCCUGUGUCGUUCCCCGGUGGCACGAAGGAAGAGAACAUCAAGAUCUCCCCCCGCGUCUCGGUGAAGAAGGUCUUGAUCCUGGGAAGUGGUGGUCUGAGCAUCGGUCAGGCCGGAGAGUUCGACUACUCCGGUAGUCAAGCCAUCAAGGCGCUGAAGGAAGAAGGAAUCUACACGAUCCUGAUCAACCCCAACAUCGCCACCAUCCAGACCUCCAAGGGUCUUGCCGACAAGGUUUACUUCCUGCCCGUGAACGCCGACUUCGUUCGCAAGGUCAUCAAGCACGAGCGUCCCGACGCUAUUUACGUCACCUUUGGUGGUCAGACGGCGCUGCAGGUCGGUAUCCAGCUCAAGGAUGAGUUCGAAGGCCUUGGAGUUAAGGUUCUGGGUACGCCCAUCGACACGAUCAUCACCACUGAGGACCGUGAGUUCUUCGCGCGCAGCAUGGAAUCCAUCAAUGAGAAGUGCGCUCAGUCUGCGUCCGCCUCGAAUCUGGAGGAGGCUCUGCAGGUCGUGGAGGCGAUCAAGUUCCCUGUCAUCGUUCGUGCUGCCUACGCUCUGGGUGGUCUCGGCAGUGGUUUCGCUGAGAACAUGGACCAGCUGAAGGACCUUUGUAUCAAGGCCUUCGCUGCCAGCCCCCAGGUCCUCAUCGAGAAGAGUAUGAAGGGUUGGAAGGAAAUUGAGUACGAAGUCGUCCGAGAUGCCAGAGACAACUGCAUUACGGUCUGUAACAUGGAGAACUUCGACCCUCUCGGUAUCCACACGGGUGAUUCCAUUGUUGUUGCUCCCUCGCAGACCCUCUCGGACGAGGACUACAACAUGUUGCGUACCACCGCUGUUAACGUUAUUCGCCACCUCGGCGUUGUCGGAGAGUGCAACAUCCAGUAUGCCUUGAACCCGUUCUCGAAGGAGUACUGCAUUAUUGAGGUCAACGCACGUCUGUCGAGAUCCUCUGCCCUUGCCUCCAAGGCUACCGGUUAUCCUCUUGCCUUCAUUGCGGCUAAGCUCGGUUUGGGAAUCCCGCUCAAUGAAAUCAAGAACUCGGUCACCAAGGUCACAUGCGCGUGCUUCGAGCCUUCCCUCGACUACUGCGUGGUCAAGAUCCCCCGCUGGGAUCUGAAGAAGUUCACUCGCGUGUCGACCCAGCUUGGCUCUUCGAUGAAGAGUGUUGGUGAGGUCAUGAGCAUUGGACGAACCUUCGAAGAGGCGAUCCAGAAAGCCAUUCGCUCCGUUGACUUCAACAACCUUGGUUUCAACGAGACGAACGCGCUCAUGUCCAUCAAGGGCGAGCUGCAGACCCCCUCUGACCAGCGUCUGUUCGCCAUCGCCAACGCUAUGGCCGCCGGCUACACUGUCGAUGACAUCUGGCAGCUCACCCAGAUUGACAAGUGGUUCCUCAGCCGACUGAAGAACCUCAGCGACUUCGGCAAGCUCAUGACGAACUACAACGCCACCUCGGUGCCCAAGCCCCUCAUCCGCCAGGCCAAGCAGCUCGGUUUCUCCGAUCGCCAGCUUGCCACCUUCCUCAGCUCCAACGAGCUCGCGGUUAGACGCCUGCGUGUUGAGGCCGGUAUUAUCCCCAUCGUCAAGCAGAUCGAUACGGUGGCUGCCGAGUUCCCCUCCGUCACCAACUAUCUGUACUUGACCUACAACGCGUCUGAGCACGAUGUUGCUUUCGAUGAUAAGGGUAUCAUGGUCCUGGGAUCUGGUGUGUACCGUAUUGGUUCUUCCGUCGAAUUCGAUUGGUGUUCCGUGCGGACCAUCCGUACUCUCCGCGAACAGGGCCACAAGACCGUCAUGGUCAACUACAACCCUGAAACCGUCAGUACGGAUUACGACGAGGCCGACCGGUUGUACUUCGAAAACAUCAACCUGGAAACUGUCCUGGAUAUCUACCAGCUGGAAACCUCGAGCGGUGUCAUCAUCUCCAUGGGUGGUCAGACCCCCAACAACAUCGCCCUGCCUCUCCACCGUCUUAACGUGAACAUCCUGGGUACCUCGCCUGAGAUGAUUGACGGCGCCGAGAACCGUUACAAGUUCUCUCGCAUGCUUGACCGCAUUGAUGUCGACCAGCCGUCCUGGAAGGAACUUACCAGUAUCGAGGAGGCCACCGAGUUCUGCGACAAGGUUGGCUAUCCUGUGCUGGUCCGACCCUCUUAUGUGCUCUCGGGAGCCGCCAUGAACACGGUCUACUCCCAGCAUGACCUGGCCACCUACCUGAACCAGGCCGCUGACGUGUCGCGUGACCACCCCGUUGUCAUCACUAAGUACAUCGAGAACGCGAAGGAGAUUGAGAUGGACGCUGUGGCCCGCAACGGUGUCAUGGUCGGACACUUUAUCUCCGAGCACGUUGAAAAUGCUGGUGUCCACUCUGGUGAUGCCACCUUGAUUCUGCCGCCCCAGGAUCUGGACCCCGAGACUGUCCGCCGCAUCGAGGAGGCCACCAGAAAGAUCGGAAAUGCCCUUAACGUCACCGGUCCUUACAACAUCCAGUUCAUUGCCAAGGACAACGAUAUCAAGGUCAUCGAGUGCAACGUCCGUGCCUCUCGAUCCUUCCCCUUCGUUUCCAAGGUCAUGGGUGUUGAUCUGAUCGAGAUGGCUACCAAGGCCAUGAUUGGCGCUCCGUUCGCGGAAUACCCUCCCGUCAACAUCCCCAAGGACUACGUUGGUGUCAAGGUGCCCCAGUUCUCUUUCUCUCGUCUUUCCGGAGCCGAUCCCGUCCUUGGUGUUGAGAUGGCUUCCACCGGAGAAGUUGCUUCUUUCGGUCGUGAUAAGUACGAGGCAUACCUGAAGGCGCUCCUGUCUACUGGUUUCCGCCUUCCCAAGCGCGCCAUCUUGUUCUCCAUUGGUUCCUACAAGGAGAAGCUCGAGAUGCUGCCCUCGAUCGAAAAGCUGCACCGCAUCGGGUUCAACCUCUUCGCUACCGCCGGUACUGCCGACUUCUUGAAGGAGAACGGUGUUCCCGUCAAGUACCUCGAGGUUCUCCCGGGCCAGGAGGAGGACAUCAAGUCGGAGUACUCUCUCACUCAGCACUUGGCCAACAACCUCAUCGACCUGUACAUCAACCUGCCAUCGAACAACCGCUUCAGACGUCCUGCCAACUACAUGAGUAAGGGUUACCAGACGCGUCGUAUGGCCGUUGACUACCAGACUCCCCUGGUGACCAACGUCAAGAACGCCAAGAUCCUGAUCGAGGCCAUUGCCCGCCAUUAUGACCUGAAUGUGCGCACCAUCGACUACCAGACCAGCCACCGCACCAUCAUCCUCCCCGGACUGAUCAACAUUGCCGCAUUCGUGCCCGACCUGAUGAAGCCUGGCUCUAAGGACUUCGAGGCCAUGACCAAGGCCUCGAUCGCGGCCGGAUUCAGCAUGGUGCGCGUCAUGCCCGCCGGUGUCGAUGCCUCCGUGACGGAUGCCCGCGCCUUGAGAGUUGUUCAGCAGAACGCCCAAAACGCGUCCUGCGACUUCAACUUCUCGGUUGUGGCCACCUCUACCAACUCGGAGCAGAUCGGCCAGGUGACUGGCGACGUGGGAUCCCUCUUCAUUCCCUUCAACCACCUUUCUGGCAACAUCAGCAAGGUCGCCGCGGUCACCAGCCACUUUGCCGCAUGGCCCUCCAGCAAGCCCAUCAUCACCGACGCCAAGUCGACUGAUCUUGCCUCGGUUCUGCUGUUGGCCAGUCUGCACAGCCGCAACAUCCACGUCAUGAGUGUGACCUCCAAGGAGGACAUCGGCCUCAUCGCGCUCAGCAAGGAGAAGGGUCUCAAGGUGACUUGCGAUGUCUCCGUCUUCUGCCUCUUCCUCUCCAAGGAUGACUUCCCGGAGUGCAGCUUCCUGCCCUCCGCCGAAGAUCAGAAGGCCCUGUGGGAGCACCUCAGCACUAUCGACGUCUUCUCCAUCGGCAGCAUCCCCUACCAGCUGGCUGGUGACAAGGCUUCCCCCGUCGUUGGUAUCGCCGAGACCCUGCCCUUGCUGUUUACCGCAGUCUCCGAGGGUCGCCUGACCGUUGAGGACAUCAUUGCUCGCCUUUAUGAGAACCCUAAGAAGAUCUUCGAGCUUCACGACCAGGCUGAUAGCUCCGUUGAGAUCGAGAUUGACCGUCCCUACCUGUACCAGAGCCCUCAGGCCUGGUCUCCUUUCAACGGCAAGCACGUGAGAGGAUCUGUUCAGCGCGUGACCUUCCAGGGCAAGACUUCUUGUCUCGAUGGUACCGUCGUUCCCGAUGCCGCCAAGGGUGUCGACAUGUCCGGACACCGCAUCGUGCCCGCGUCUCCUUCCGUCAAGGCCAUGUCGCCUCUGGUGCAGCAGGCUGACAGACGCCUGUCGAUCUCCGGUACCCCUAGCCGCCCUCUUCGCAAGGGUCUGGAGCAGGUUGGAGCCCCGACCGAGCUUGGGCCUCCUCUGUACCCCACCGUGCCCCAGGCGUCGUCGUCUCUGCUUGACAUGCUCUCGCGGUCUUCCUUCAAGCAGAAGCACGUCCUCUCCGUCAAUCAGUUCACUCGGGCUGAUCUGCAUCUGCUGUUUACUGUCGCCCAGGAGAUGCGCCUCGGUGUCCAGCGUCAAGGUGUUCUUGACCUCCUGAAGGGCCGUGUUCUUUGCACCCUCUUCUACGAGCCCUCCACCCGGACUUCCGCUUCUUUCGAUGCCGCCAUGCAGCGUCUUGGAGGUCGCACCGUCAUCAUCUCGACCGAGCACUCGUCUACCAAGAAGGGCGAGACCCUGCAGGACACCCUCCGCACCCUGGGCUGCUACGGAGAUGCCGUCGUCCUUCGCCACCCCGAGCCGACCAGCACCGAGGUUGCUGCCAAGUUCUCGCAAGUUCCCGUCAUCAACGGUGGCAAUGGCAGCGUGGAGCACCCCACUCAGGCCUUCCUUGACCUCUUCACCAUCCGUGAGGAACUUGGAACCGUGACUGGUCUGACCAUCACUUUCACUGGCGAUCUCCGGUACGGACGUACGGUCCACUCGCUCAUCAAGUUGCUCCAGUUCUACGAUGUCCACAUCCAGCUGGUUGCUCCCAAGGAUCUCUCUCUGCCCGAGGAGGUUCGCAAGCAGAUCCGUGCUUCCGGACAGCGGGUUGUCGAGUAUGAGCAGUUGACCCCUGAGAUCGUUGCGCGGUCCGACGUUCUGUACUCCACUCGCGUGCAGAAGGAGCGGUUCGCCGAUCUCGAGCAGUACGAGCGUCUCAAGAACAGCUUCAUCAUCGACAACGCUCUUCUCAAGCAUGCCAAGAGCCACAUGGUCGUGAUGCACCCUCUGCCCAGAAAUGCAGAGAUUGCUGAGGAGGUUGACUUCGACCAGCGGGCCGCUUACUUCCGCCAGAUGAGAUAUGGCCUUUACUGUCGCAUGGCUCUGCUUGCAUUGAUUAUGGCGCCUUAG